AUGGCUUUCGAAGUCCAAACCGCUUCGCCGGGCGAUUCGCCCAGAUUCACAGAGGCAUUCCUCUCCACAUUCUCUGACGACUUCAACAGAACAAUGUUCCCCGACAAUCCGGAAGUGCGCGCCUUUCUCGAGAGCACAAUGCUGCAGGUAAACUCCGAACACAAGCAUGAGAUUCUGCUCAAAGUAACGGAUCCUUCCAAUGCCGACGCGGUGGCUGCGUUCGCGAAAUGGAUACGCCCAAUUGCGUCUACAGAUAGUGCUGCAGGUGCAAAUGCCCACAAGGAUCGGCACGAGAACCCUGUAUCUACGAGGUGGCCCGCCAGUAGUGAUGAGAAGCUGUGCGAAAUGUUUUUCGGCACGAUGGCAAAGCACCAUGAAGAACUCAUGGAAGGUCGACCACACUACUAUCUUGAGCUUCUGGGCGUGCAUCCGUCUUACCAGGGCCGGGGGCUUGCGUCCAAGUUGUUGAAGUGGGGGCUAGCGCGCGCAGAUGAGGAGGGGGUCGAGGUUUAUCUUUCUAGCUCGCCUGAGGGCAAACCUCUAUAUGACAAAAAUGGGUUUCAAGAGACAAAGGACACUUUCUCUCCUUGGCCUGGAUAUGAGCAGGUCAACAUGAUCCGUCCUGCUCGGCAAUGA